AUGCCUCACCAGCACGUUUCCUUACUUCUCACUCUUGCAACAUACUGUGUGGUGAGUGGAAGAAAAAGUACAGUUAUUCAAUAUUAACGAAUUUUUAAAGCUUGCGCAGUACGAUUCUGUUCAAUUCGCUUCUCCCCCAGCACAAGAGCCUUCUUCAGAAUACGCUCAGGUUUCAGGAUCCCCUGAAGUUCUGAGAGCUCCUCCAACGCCAAAAUGGGUUCAGGAAGUUGGAGAGAAUCUUGAAAAAAGGUUAAUUUUAAAUUUACAGGCUGUCGAAGGAUCUGGAAAUAACGAAAACGUAGUGACCGAUGAUUUUGCUGCAGUUAUGGCCAACAUGAAUCAAGUUGCGCAUAGUCUUGGGAUAGGUAUUUGGUUCUGAAAUUAAAAUUCGCAGCAGAAUAAUCUUAUUUUUUCAGUCAGUGCGUGUAAAGAAUAAUAAGAGAAGGUUUAGUACCACCUGACGACUAUAAGUAAGAUCUCAACAAAUUAAAAUCGAACGGUAGACAAUUCAAAAAAUAGCUUUUUUUGUAGUGUCGUUUCAAAGACUGAAAAGGACUGGAUUUUUGGAAAUUUGUAAAUUAUCCUGAGAUCAAACAAUAAUAAAAAAUUAUUCAAAAAAAAGCGUAGCUUCAACACUUAUACUGAAAAAUAAAAUAGACUUGCGUAUGAUUGAAAAAGUGUUCAGCUUGCCCUAUAGACGUCGUUUUCAUCCUUGAUGCCACUUCUUCCGUGAAAGGUGUAUUCGACAGUUACCUGACCUACAUCACGAAGGUUUCUUAGAAAAACGAUUUUUUUCUCUAUUUUUUUAUUAUUUACAGGUGAUUGAAGGUCUGGAAAUUUCAGACGUCCAGGAUCGUGUGGGCGUUGUUGUUUUCAGCAGCGCAAAGAAACAAAAGCUGAAGAUCAAACUUGGAGAAUUCAACAAAACUUCUUCGUUGGUCGAUGCAGUUAGAAGUUCGUGAUAAACUUGACGUUUUUAUUGUUUGUUGUCUUCCGAUGCGAAAUUCACUUUCUUUUCAGAAUUACCUUUUUUCUCGGGUGUAACAUCAACGGGGGCAGCGUUGAAAUUCGCCGCCAAAGUUGUUGACAACCGCAGAGAAGAUGUUGUCUUGAAUUUUGUUGUUCUAACCGAUGGGUUUAGGUACUUUUCGAAGUGUUCAUUCUGUUUUACAGAAACAUUUUUUUUAGUUAUGACAUUGUCGAUGAAGGUGCCGGUCUUCUUCAUAGCGUUCCAAAGUCGAAAGUUUUUGUGGCAUCGUUGGGUGACAGCUUCUUGAGGUGAGACAGUCCUUGGGGUUUUUUGAGUUGAACGUGAGUUCAAUGUACUGAGAAUUUCAGAGGUUAAAGUUUUUUCAAUACAUUUCCGAUGCAGUAUCCUGAGGUUUUCAACCAAAAAAUCACUAUCCGAGAAUGAAACUAUCCAAAUCGUUUUGAAAUAUUUCAAAAAAAAUAAGUCGGUUUCCACGGCUUAAAUUUUUGGUUCCUAGUUUUUUUUCUGAGUAUGAACUGUAAAAAAGUUCCAAUCAGAAACUGUUUCAGAAGUGAACUGGAGACGAUAGCCGGUAAUCCAGACAACAUCUUUUUUGGCAGUACAACUUAUGCAGCGGUAGUCAAAAACAUGAAAAAAUGUUUGACAAAUCAGCUUUUCAACGAAGAUGUGAGUGUCUCUAAACUUUCCGCAAGUUUCGCUAUAUUUGAAUUCAAUUCAUCUGUUGAUUUUUUUCUCAGAGACUCGAGAAAAAUAAAAAAUUGCAUGUUGCUUUUUUUCCUACAAAUCCGAUAGUUUUUGUAGCGUGCGAAAAAUUGGACCUUGAGGCGCUUCUUAAAGCUUAACGUUUGAUUUGAAAAACUUCAAAAAAAUUAUUUUCAGAUAGAGACCUCCACAGUACAUUUUGUGAAAACUCCGAAAGAUGACCAAGGCCGUUAUCUUAUUCCGACCCCCAUAAUAACUGAAAACGUCGUGAUCCAUUUCAACGAUCAUAUCGAAGGAAGUGGCAGCGGUGAUAAUCCGCGAGGUUACCUCGAAACGAACUUUACAAGUUAAAUUUCAUAUUAGGUAAGGGAAUCAACAAUGACGGGCAGGAAAUGACGUUUGUCGUGAAAAAGUUGCCAACAAAAGGUUGACCUCAACUUAAAAAACCUUAUUUUCUCUGAAUUCAGUCAGCUGCAAAUACGAUGUGGCACUGAUUUUCGACGCUUCCGGAUCUCUUGUGCAUAACUAUGAAAUCCAACUAAAACAUGCAAAUGAUCUAAUGGAUCGGCUACUCAUUGCCCCAAACGCUACACGAGUAUUCAUUUUAUCUGAAAAUUUUAUAGAAACCAUGAAUCAAUUUUAGGUGGCAGUCAUUGAGUUUGCUGGGAAAAGAAGAGCCCGAGUCUUGAACACUUUUGAGUGAGUUUGAAAAUGUUGCCUUCGAAAAAGACUAAUUUCUUUCAGCGAUGUGACCGAGAAGGGAGCUCUGAAAAAAUUGAUUUCUCAGACGCAGUUUCUAAGUGGCACAACUUACACAAACGAAGCUAUUAAGAAAGCUGUAGGCCUGUUCAAGGUUUUUCUGCAUUUCGACUAAAGGGUACUUUUAAAUUUUGGUCCAGGAAACAAAAAGAAAAGAUGCCAAAAGGGUGAUGAUUUUGUUCACGGAUGGAUACAGUGCAGAUGAUACCAGCGAAGGUGUCAAAGAGUUUGUAACUGUUGAAUAAUUCAACGUUCUUCAGGUAUUUCUGAGCUGAAGAAACUCGGCGUGACGGUUCACACCGUUGGGAUAACUAUCGAUGGUAUGAGAGUGAAUAUUGGAGAGCUUGAAGUGAGAUUAAAAAAAAGCAAAACAAUUGAAAAGGAAAAUUUCAGGAAAUGGCCGGAAGCCCCAAAAGAUUUUACGAUGCGAAUAUGUUCAGCCGGUUACUUGAAACCUUUCCUUCUCCUGUCACCUGUUCACCGUAA